GAAAUAUAGUAUAAAUAACCAGAACCACGCCCGAGGAGUCCAUUUGGGUCAGGUGCACUGAAGACCACACGCGCAGGGAGGCAACUAGCCGGACCUACGACCAGGAAAAACAACAGACAGCAAAGUGUAACGGGAGGGCGAGGACGAAGAAACGAGUGGGUAUCUAGAAAACGUGGGAUUCGCAGGACUCCACGAAAAUGGCGCUCUUCGGCGAUAAGCCCAAGAAAAGAUGGUGGCUGUUGAUGAUCGUCUGCUUAACAUCGCAGCAGUUCUACCCAGUUAUUUCCCAUGCUAAUCAGCUGGAGAGAAAAACUAUAGAGAAAAAGGCAGUGCAUUCUGAGGACAAGAGGGAGGCAGAAUCUGCCGACGAACGCUUGGAAAAAUCGGACACAGCAGUUGUCCUUCGUUCUGAUACGAAAAUUCUUCACAGGCAAAAAAGAGUUCUCCCAGUGUUGGUUUUCAUUCUUGUCAACUUCUGGGAUGAUUUGGUCUGUUUGGGGCUGAAUUUGGCAACCAUGUUCAACUGUGGAAGCUUGACGCCAGGCACAUGCCAAAAGAUUAAAGACCUCGACAAAAAGAGAGACCGGAUUAAGAGAAAAGUCAACCAAACUCUCGACGAAGAGGCCCACUGGAGCGUCCUCAACCGGACCAAUGACAAAGCUAUCACAAGCCUGUAUAUGAUAGGGAAAGAACUUGAACUCGUAGCCAGCUCAAAUAUCCGUUUAAUGGAGAAUCUUAAAGCACUAGAGGUGGUGCAGGAACAGUCCGAAGCCUAUGUGCCCGAUGACAACAACAAUCUAAUCGAGCAACAAGUUCGAUUCCGCAUGAAUGUGACGCAGUACCUGAACGGAAUGAAAGGGGUGUUGGAGGGCGUGAGGGGACAGCUCGAUAUGAUGCAGAAGAAAGAUUAUAUGUAUUUUGCCAUGGCAACUGCAAUUCCACUGCUUGCCAUGCACACCGGAUUGAUCACGACCUCGGCAAGAACGGCGCUGUUGACCCGAUCGCAGAACUAUCAGGUUGUUGAAUUAUUCGGGAAAAAAGGCUCAUACCAGCUUGCGACUAAUCCGCAGGGGAAGAUGUUCAUUGUUCAGGAAAACCCCCAAAAACUUGGGAAGCUGAAAGUCUAUGCGAAACUGGACAGUAACGGAAAGGUGGGAAAAUUCUGGAAGUUCAUGAUGCCAUCGGGCCAAAGAGCAGCAACCAACAGUUUCUUAAAUUCUAUAGACUUCAAACAAGCCCAACGAGUCGUUAAGCUGCAGGCCCUUGAUCCGGACUAUCUUAAGACUUUGAAGAAAACUGGUUAUACUUCCGCAUUUCUCAGAUCUACAGAUGGACUGGAUUCUGCAAAAUUCACCGAAUUCGUCAACAACGCAAAAACUAAACAGCCAAAAGCUUUGUACGGAGCAAGCGCCGCCACCGACGCAAGCCUUCCGAAGUGGAUGCGGCAGGUCGUUUCUCCAUUUGAUCCAAGUGACGUAAAGGCAGUGAGCGCGUACAACAAACUUAAAGCCGCCAACCCAGCGCUCCUUGCAGAUCUUGAAAAAACGGGGAAAAUAGGCAACUUCCUCGACAAAUCCAAGGGCUUGCCUGACGCUGAUUUUGACGAUUAUGUCAAAAAAGUUAAAUCCGCAAACACUAACGUUGACGGCCUCAAGAACUUUGACUUCGACGCCCCGGCCAAGAAGGUGAAAUGGGGAAGCUGGCAGAAAAUGAAGAGCGGAUGGAGAUCGUUUUCCAACAAGAACUUGUUCAAUUUCAGAGGAAGAAAGAUUAAAGUAGGUUCUGUCUUGAACGUUGGUACCAUAGGAUCUGUGAUAAAUGUUGGACUGUGCAUUUACAUGGCCGUGUCCAGUACCAUCAGCGUCAACGACAAGAUUAAAGAAAUCAACAAUCGUCUCACGGAAGCGGAGUCCGGCGUCGACUUGAAAUUGGAAGAAUUAAAAAACCUUACCAACUACGAAAGAGAAUUCUUCGGCAGGCUCAAGAACAACUUCUACGGUGUUGUCAGCAUGUUCGAUACCAGCGAGGACUCCACCGGUGUUGCCGCCGACCCCAACUGUAAGGAUACUCUCUGCGUAUUCCUACGAGAAGCCGCCAGGUUGAAUGCUAUCAAGAAUUACGUAGCAGCUUGGCCAAACGCCACCAUUACCAACAGAACCAUUUUGGAAGCCGAGGCGGCCUUCCUGAACGUUCUCACCAAAUCCAAAUUCACCCUUGUCCAGCUGUAUCGCCAGUCCGAGAUGGUGGCUCAAAUUAUGACCUGGGUGGCCAGCAAACUGUCCAUCACCAGAAUGAUGCAGAAUGCAGCGGCCCUUGCAAGACCCUUUGAAAGCAUAUACGAUCUGCUUCGUCUCAUCGCAAGAGCUUUCCCUGAGACGGGGGAGUACACCGGGUACCCUUUGAAAUGCAUCCGCUCGGGGAGCAUAGGAAGCCAACAAGAAUUAGACGCCUGGAUGGCCAGUAACCAGGUGAAAUCACUUGAUCCUAAAGUGACCUCAUUCAUUGACACUGGGUCCAGCUUCGGAAGUCCUAUCAAUAACAUCCUUUCUUUGAUCAACACCCGAAUCAACAAAGGAGACUUUCCGGCCAAUGCCUGUGGCGGUGGGCCCUGCACCCGAAAUGACGUCAUAUCGGUAAUAGCCAAUGAUGCCCUUCCAAAUCAGGCCACGUAUGACGGAGUUGACCUUGCUCCUUACAGACAGCGGACGGUCGUCUGCCCGAACUCAACGACUACUCCAACUCCAACUACAACAACAACUAAACCUACGACCAAAAUCCCGUCGUUGUCAAAGUCAGCGAUCUCCAAUAUUUUCAAAAGCAUUAGCAAUAGCAUGAAAAGAAUGCGGUUCCGCUACCGAUGGGGUCGCAAAAGACGCUAAUUAUUAAAAGAUUAUAAACGUAACAAAAAUGCUUUAUGAUUACCUAAGAAAGAAUGAAAUUUUUGUUGAUGUAGUCACAUGACUAUAAUUGGCACUUUUGUUGUUAUUCUUGAGAUAUAAAGUAGUAGUAUUA